CCCCGGCCCACCCGAGCUGAGCUCAUCCGGCUGCCCCCUCUCCCCGCCCCGUCAUUUAUGUAUUUAUUCCCUCUUUAAUCCCCCGCCCGGCGCUGGAGGGGGGGGAGGCCCGGGGCCGGUCGGGCGGUGCCGGCCGCGGCAGGGCGCUGCUGCCCCCUCCGCCCGGGAGGAGCGGGCGGCGGGGGGAGGGCAGGAUUUAAACGAAGGGCGGUGACACCGCACAAAAGAUUUCGAUAGGCUUAAGUGAGGUUACAGCGAAGGCGACGGGGAGGGGGGAGCCUCCCUCAGAGCCGUGCAGCGUCUGGCUGGCAGAUCCGCCGCAGCCGCCUCUUCCCAAUAGUUUGUCUGAAAGCCUGAGAAAGGGAAUUUAAAAGAUUUCUUCCCCUCUCCCUUCUUUUUUUUAUUUUUUUUUAAUUUUUUUUUUUGCCUGGGAGUUGGCGACUCAGCCAGAAAACAUGGCAGGAGGAGCGCAAGGCCGGGCGGGUCGCAGCAUCCGCGGCUGUAGCCCGGAGCCACCACCCUUCUGUGCGGGAAGAGCCUGAGUUGGUGCCGGCGGCGACAGCGGGAGGCGGGCGAGCCGGGCCCGGCGGCGUCCAGCGCGCGGGAGCGGGACAUGGACCGCGGCGGCGCAGAGCCAGCGCGCAGCGGCCGCGCGAAUGACCGAGGCAGGAAGGAGUGAGGCAGCGGCAGAAGGAAGGGGAACGGAUCCCGCCCGCCCCCAGCGCCCGGAUCCGGUGGAUCUUUUUUUUGUUGUUUUAUUUUUUUUCUCCCCUCUUUCUUUCUUUCUUUUUUUUUCUUUUUUUUUUUUUCUCCCCACCCCCUCCCGCGGUUCCCUCCCUCCUUUCCCCCUCCCCAGUCCCGGUCCCCCGCGGUGCCCCCUCUCCCCUCCGCGGCCCGGUGCGGGCCACACCCGCGGCGGCGCUUCCUGCGGGGCCGCGGCGGGCGCGCCGGGGGCGGCACAUGGUGCGCAGCCGCCGCCCCUCCGGCCCUGGGCGAGCGCCGACCGGAGGAGCCGGGGUGCACGGUAGCGACUCGGAGGGCUGCGCCCCGGCCCCGACUCCCCGCCGGGCGUCCCUGAGGUAUUCCGCCCGGUGAAGGGAACUUCGCGCAGGAUCCCGCGGCCGGAGGAGGUGGUGGAAGGGAGGGGAGCCAACGUGCGGAAAGGGAAAAAAAAGAAGAAAAAGAAAAAAAAAGGGAAGGAAAUACACAUAUUUUUUAGCUAAAGGAUGCCGGAACGGGGCCCGGGGGCUCCCGGCGAGCGCCGACCCGCCGCGGCAGCGCCGUAGGAGCGAGGGCUGGCGCCGGAGUGGGGCGGGCGCCCCGGCGGAGCUCGGUCCCCGCAGCAGCGGCAGCCCCGGCGCCCAGAGCCCCUUCUUGCCUCCCGGCGAUUAAUGGAAUGAUGUUGCGGAAAAGGCAGAGCGAUCCUGCCGGGCUCAGUCGGGACUGCGCGGGCGGCGGCGGCGGCGGCAGCGGGGUAGCGAGCGGCAUGCGAGUGCCCCCCCGGCGCUAUGGCUAGCGGUGGCUCUGGCAAGUCCAGCAGCGAGGUGUCUGGCGGCGGCAUCCCCAGCAGCGGUUCCCUGCAGAGGAAGAAGCUCAUCUCUAUCUGCGACCACUGCAAGAUCAAGAUGCAACUGGUGGCCGAUCUGCUGCUGCUGUCGAGCGAGACCAGGCCGGUGAACACGGAGAGCCUGUCUGUCUUCGGUGAGUCCUUCGAGAAGUGCAGGGACACAAUCAUUGCCAGGACCAAAGGACUCUCCAUCUUGACACAUGACGUCCAGAGCCAGCUCAACAUGGGACGCUUCGGGGAGGUGGGGGAAAGCCUGAUGGAGAUGGGGGAGCUGGUGGUCUCCCUGACGGAAUGCUCUGCCCACGCUGCCUACCUGGCUGCAGUGGAGACUCCAGGGGCCCAGCCUGCCAUGCCUGGCUUGGUGGAUCGCUACAAGGUGACCCGAUGUAGGCAUGAGGUGGAGCACGGCUGCGGGGUCUUGAAGACCACCCCUUUGGCAGAUAUGAGCCCUCAGCUCCUACUGGAGGUUUCUCAGAACAUGUCCAAGAACUUGAAAUUCCUGACAGACGCCUGCGUGCUGGCCAGUGAGAAAUCCAAGGAUAAAUUUGCUAAGGAGCAGUUCAAACUCAGUGUCAAAUGUAUGAGCACCAGCGCCUCUGCCCUCUUGGCGUGUGUCAAGGAGGUCAAGACUUCACCCAGUGAGCUGACCAGGAACCGAUGCGUCUUGUUCAGUGGACCUUUGGUGCAGUCCGUCUAUGCUCUGGUGGGCUUUGCCACUGAGCCCCAGUUUUUGGGUAAAGCUGCCACCAUUAAUCCAGAGGGCAAAGCUGUGCAAACUGCCAUCCUAGGAGGAGCCAUGAGUGUGGUAUCUGCUUGUGUGCUCCUGACCCAAUGCCUCAGGGAUAUAGCCCAACACCCCGAAAGUAGCACCAAAAUGAGCGAUUACAGGGAAAGGUUGAGGAACUCAGCUUGCGCCGUCUCCGAUGGUUGCAACCUGUUAUCUCAGGCACUAAGAGAAAGAUCUUCACCCAGGACUUUACCGCCAGUGAACUCCAAUUCUGUGAAUUAACCCCCACAUCUUCUGUUUAGAUCCCAGUCAUUGCUAAAGGAAAAUAAUAUCCCACCUCCUCACCCCUUUUUUGUAUACCAAAGAAUUUGCUUGGAUGAGCCCAAAUCCUUUGAUUUCAUGUAGUGAAGAAGCAGAACGUACUCAAACUAUACGUACUAAUAAAGGUAGCCAGUUUGGGCUUUUUAUUUUAAAGUCAAGCAAGUAUCUGCAGAUAAAUUUUCCUUUAUUCAACAAGGUCUUCACACAAUGGUAAUAACAACUGUUUAAAAGUUUCUUUUUAUAUUUGGGGAGGUGGGGGUAUCUUUAAAAAAAAAAGGAGAAAAAAAAAAAGCUUUAAUCGCGCUGGGUGCGGUUUUUAAAGUUUGUCUUGUCUUGUCUUCCGAAAUUUCCCUUCUAAAUUUUACUGUUCAGUUGUGCAGGAAAAAGGUUACCUCAGUUCUCACUCAUUUUAAAAAAAAGAAAAAACCCAACAACACAUAGAUGAUGGAUGUAGCUACUAUUUUGUUUGGUUUUGUUUUGUAUGACUUUUUUUUUUAUUUUGCAUCAAGUGUUAGGUUAGAAGUGCAUUUGGUGUGUAGGAGUGGAAGGACUGGAGGUUGUGAUUAUGUUUUCCAUGUGUUGAUUUCCAAACUGGGGGAAAAGCUACUGUGAGUGUUUAAACAAACAAACAAAAAAAUUACACUAUAGCAAAAGUGAUUUUUAAUUUUUUUUUUCCAAUGUCAGUUUUUAUCUUGCAUGUACUGGAGUAUUUAUUUCAUCUAUUAAAAUGUUAUGUUUCUCAGA